AUGCUGAAAGAUUCUCAUCUCCUGGAUGACCUUAACGCUCAUGCAUUUAGUGCCACUGGUGAGGCCAUGUGUCUCUAUGGGGACCCCACUUAUCCCCAUCGCAUCCACCUGCAAGGACCCUUCAAAGAACAACGACUGACUCCCGCUAUGGAGGACUUCAACAGUGCCAUGAGCUCAGUCCGUUCCUCAGUUGAGUGGGUGUUUGGUGAUGUUAUUGGAUCAUUUAAAUUUUUGGAUUUCAAAAAAAAUCUCAAAAUUGGUCUAAGUCCAGUUGGCAAACAUUACAUAGUGAGCGCUCUGCUUAGGAAUGCCCUGACAUGUAUUUAUGGCAACAAUACAGGGGCAUACUUUGGAGUGGAACCACCAUCUCUAGAGGAGUACUUCUCCUAA